UUUUUUUACAUUCGUCCUCCAGAGCUCAUUUUUUUUCUCUGUCUCUGCUGCAAAAUAACCUUUUUAAAUCUUCCGUUACAGUGAAUUUUGUUCUCUAGAGAGAGAGAGACUCUAUGUCCAAGUUUAGACGUCUCCAUAUUCAAAGCUUUGGAUGUUUUCUUUCUUCUGCUUGAUCAUUUGCUAAAUAACUCAUUAAACGAUAAAGUUUUUUUUUUUUGAAGCGUUGAGUCACCUGCAUAGAGAACAAAGAUGGGUAGGGUUAAGUUGAAGAUUAAACGGCUUGAGAGCACAGGCAACAGGCAAGUUACAUACUCAAAGAGAAAAAGUGGGAUUUUGAAGAAAGCUAAAGAGUUAUCCAUUUUGUGUGACAUUGAUAUUGUCCUUCUUAUGUUUUCUCCUACCGGAAAGCCUACCGUUUUCCAUGGAGAACACAGUUGCAUUGAAGAUGUUAUUUCUAAGUUUUCACAGUUAACUCCACAAGAAAGGACAAAAAGGAAAUUGGAGAGCCUUGAAGCAUUGAAGAAGACUUUUAAGAAACUUGAUCAUGAUGUAAAUAUACACGAGUUUUUAGGAGCAAGGAAUCAAACUAUUGAGGGUCUAAGUAACCAAGUAGCCAUUUCCCAAGCUCAGCUUAUGGAGUGUCAUAGGAGGCUAAGUUGUUGGACGAACAUCGAUAGAAUAGAAAACACUGAGCACCUCAAUUUAUUGGAAGAAUCAUUGAGGAAAUCUAUUGAAAGAAUCCAGUUUCACAAGGAACAUUACACAAAGAACCAACUUUUGCCAUUAGAUUGUACAACAACACAGUUUCACAGCGGGAUACAGUUGCCGUUAGCAAUGGAAGGUAAUAAAAGUAUGCAAGAAGCUCACUCGAUGUCUUGGCUUCCUAAUAACGAUAACCAAGAAACAAUAUUACCUGGUGAAUCCAGCUUUCUUCCUCAUAGAGAGAUGGAAGGUGUGAAUCCUAUUUACUCAAACGGCUUUUUUGAGUCUGUAAAACAAGAAGAUCAGAUGUGUAGCAACCAAGGACAGCAGUUUGAGCAGUUAGAACAACAAGGACACGGUUGUUUGGGCUUACAACAGAUUGGGGAAGAGUUUUCAUAUCCUACAUCAUUUGGUACUACUCUUGGAAUGGACGAAGAUCAAGAAAAGAAGAUAAAAUCUGAAAUGGAGUUGAACAACUUGCAACAACAACAACAGCAGCAGCAGCAAGAUCCUUCAUCAAUGUAUAAUCCAACAGCUAAUAAUGGUGGCUGCUUUCAAAACCCUCAUGAUCAAUCCAUGUUUGGCACUGAUCAUCAUCAUUAUCAUUAUCAGCAUCAUCAAAAUUGGGUUCCAGGUUCAAUGUUUGGUCAAGCAUCUUACAACCAGCAACCAAACUAAUAACUACGGAGAGCGCUCAUCAUGUAACAUAUACUAUGGAUGAUGACUUUACGUAUGACCAAGGACGAGUUUGAGCCAUUGUUGUAAUAUAUAGAGGGAGUGUGUAUAUGUGUUUGUAUGUAUGAGAAGCUUAUGUCAUAUACUCAA